CGCUUUCUCCUUCAACAUCUUUGGAAUCAAUUCAAACGCGAUAGAGAGUCUCUAAUGGUCAUUGUGAUGGAUGCAGAUGAAGAAUCCACAGGAGAUGCAGAGAACCUUGAGGAAGAAGUUACCGCAGAAGAACCUAUCCACAAUGAGGUUGUGGAUGCGGUGGAGAUUCAUGAGGAAGAAGUGAAAGAUGAUGAUGAUGAUUGUGAUGGAUUGGUGAGCGAUAUCGUAUCGGUUAUCGAGUUUUUGGAUCAGAUUAACGGUUAUCGAAAAACACAACAGAAAGAAUGUUUUAACCUCGUAAGACGAUUGAAGAUUCUGAUUCCGUUUUUGGAAGAGAUUCGAGGUUUUGACUCACCAAGUUGCAGGCAUUUUGUAAAACGUUUGAGGAAAGUGAUUCUUGCUGCUAAGAAAUUAUUAGAAACUUGCAGCAAUGGCAGCAAAAUCUAUAUGGCACUGGAUAGCGAAACAAUGAUGACGAGAUUUCAUUCGAUUUACGAAAAGUUGAAUCGUGUUCUUGUUAAAGCUCCUUUCGACGAAUUGACGAUUUCUGAAGAUGUGAAAGAAGAGAUUGAUGCAUUGUGUAAACAACUUAAAAAAGCAAAAAGAAGAACAGAUACACAAGACAUAGAGCUAGCAGUGGACAUGAUGGUGGUCUUCUCAAAAACCGAUCCUCGAAACGCAGAUAGCGCUAUAAUCGAGAGGCUUGCGAAAAAGCUUGAGCUACAAACAAUAGAGGAUUUAAAGACGGAAACCAUAGCCAUAAAAAGCUUAAUUCAAGACAAAGGAGGGUUGAAUAUAGAGAGUAAACAACAUAUCAUUGAGCUUCUUAACAAGUUCAAGAAGCUUCAAGGUCUUGAAGCUACCGACAUUCUCUACCAACCUGUCAUCAAUAAAGCAUUCACCAAGUCGACUUCUCUAAUAUUACCUCACGAGUUUUUGUGUCCUAUCACUCUCGAAAUAAUGCUAGACCCGGUUAUCAUCGCCACUGGACAGACAUAUGAAAAGGAGAGUAUACAGAAGUGGUUUGAUGCGGGACAUAAGACUUGUCCGAAAACUAGACAAGAGCUAGAUCAUCUCUCUCUUGCACCCAAUUAUGCCUUAAAGAACUUGAUUAUGCAGUGGUGUGAGAAGAACAAUUUCAAGAUUCCAGAGAAAGAAGCAAGUCCCCACUCAGAAAAUGAGCAGAAAGAUGAGGUAUCUUUGCUGGUGGAAGCGUUAUCGUCAAGCCAAUUGGAAGAACAAAGAAGAUCAGUGAAGCAGAUGCGUUUGCUCGCCAGAGAAAAUCCCGAGAACCGAGUUUUAAUAGCGAAUGCAGGAGCAAUUCCUCUGUUAGUUCAACUCCUUUCUUACCCUGAUUCAGGAAUCCAAGAGAACGCGGUAACGACUUUGUUGAAUCUAUCUAUCGAUGAGGUCAACAAGAAACUCAUCUCAAAUGAAGGAGCCAUUCCAAACAUUAUUGAAAUCCUUCAAAAUGGAAACAGAGAGGCGAGAGAGAACUCUGCUGCAGCUUUGUUUAGUUUAUCGAUGCUCGAUGAGAACAAAGUAACCAUCGGAUUAUCAAAUGGGAUCCCGCCUUUGGUCGAUUUACUACAGCAUGGGACAUUAAGAGGGAAGAAAGAUGCUCUCACUGCACUCUUUAACUUGUCCCUUAACUCAGCUAAUAAAGGAAGAGCUAUUGAUGCUGGUAUUGUUCAACCUUUGCUCAACCUUCUGAAAGAUAGAAACUUAGGGAUGAUCGAUGAAGCGCUUUCGAUUCUGUUGCUUCUUGCAUCACACCCUGAAGGACGUCAAGCCAUUGGACAACUCUCCUUCAUUGAAACUCUUGUGGAAUUCAUCAGACAAGGCACCCCAAAGAACAAAGAGUGUGCAACCUCAGUGCUACUUGAACUAGGCUCUAACAACUCGUCUUUUAUCCUCGCUGCGCUUCAAUUCGGCGUCUAUGAAUAUCUUGUAGAAAUAACCACAUCUGGAACAAACAGAGCUCAAAGAAAAGCAAAUGCUCUUAUACAACUCAUAAGCAAAUCUGAACAAAUUUAGACUUGUUCUAAACUUUUCAUCUUGUACUGUAAGUCUGUAAUUAUAGGAUUCGUAAAUUAUUUACUUUUUCUAAUUCAUUUGAUUUUGUAUCAAUCCAAUGUUUGUUGUAUAUCUGUAUAUGCUCUUGAGUUUUAGUAUUAUACUAUUGAUUUUCCUCCGUAAAUUCUAACUCUUAUG